AUGGCUGGCAUCGCUACUAGAUAUGUAACAGAAAAUGAGCUCAAUAUCGAGAUGAGUAUCGAAGAGCUUAGUAACCACGCUCCGGCAUUAGAUAUCCUUUUGACGGAUAAAGUUAAGAGGGAUCAGGCACGACGACGUUUCCAAAAGAAAUAUAACUUUAGCAAAGAACAGGUAUUUGCAUUAAUUCCUAAGCAAACAGCUGGUCGGAAAAAAGGAGGAGCCUUACCUAAUGCUCCCAAUGCUCCCGAAACUCCCGAUAACACCCAAGAAGCAGAACCGGACGCAGUGAAUACAUGUCAAAUUUCACCAAAAGAGACUAUUAGAGAUUUGGCCCAGCGUAUCAUUUGGGAUAAUCUUGAGAUGAGAGCCCUUGAAGCCUCAGAAAAAAUAGUCUCUGACACAAAGAUUCCAGACACAACCCGUUCAGCUAAUAAAAUUCAAAAGGAGAAUAGAUUGUUACAUGAAAAUGAAGGAAUCGAUUAUCCAGACCACUUCUCAUUAGAAUCGUUUAAGGAAAGACUGGAUUUAUAUGAUGUGUCCAAUAUACCUGAUAAACAAGCCCUAGCCGAUGUAAUGAUAAUGCUUUGUAUUCGCCCUGCUGAAAUUAAAGACUUACGCAUAUCUAAUGGAAGCGUAACUGGAUCACCAGAGAAGAAUGAGGAACGGGCGAGGCAAUUGCUUAUAUGGAUUCAGGAAGCAAUUUCUUCUGGACAGUUAAAAGACCCAGGAAAGCCAGGGGCGGUAUUUGCAGUUGUAGCUCAUGGAGCAAAGAAUUUAUCAAAAGCUGAGACCAUUGCUAGUGAAGCACUUCGCCACAGUCCCGACAACCAUGCCUCUCCUGCAAAAAACUAUAUUAUAGUAAAUUAUCGGUUAAGAGGAGAACCAUAUAAUCAGGCAAUGGUAUUCGAGCUCUCUGGUGAAAACUAA